GCAGGCAAUCAAUGAUUCUCUUUCACCAUUGAUGUUUCUAUCUCUCCCUCUUCCUUCCUCUCUGAAAUCAAUAAAAAUAUAUAUUUUUCAAAAAGAUGUUGGGUAAGAGUUGAUUUGCCUCUAGCAGAUUUAUAGAACUUUUAAUUUCUAGAAGGGGCAGUUUUUUCUACAUUGGGGCCCUUUAGACCAAUUGUAAUUGUGAGGGCACUUUGAAUACUAAUGGGGAGGAUGGAAGUGAUGGCUGCUAAAUUGGAAGGUGGAAAAGAACCAGUGUGGAGAUGUGAAUGAAAUGGAGAGGGACCGCUUCUAAAUCUGAGUUGGUUUUUCUGCUGACAGUUCCUUAGAAGUAAAAUGCUCCUUGUGUGUUGUGGGGAUCCAGGCCCUGGCAGAAAUGGAUCAGUGGCGGGAAGUUAUUUCCUGGGUUCUUCGGUAUUACCAGGUCCCUGAAAAGCUACCCCUUAAAGUAGGUCCUUGUUACUGACUCAUUGGAUCAUUCCAAAAAUGAAGACUUUUGUUCUCUUCUGAAUCAGUGCCUCUCCUCUUCCAUAUUCCCUUCCAUUUUCCUCCAAAUCUGAUUUUUUUUUUUCAAACCUCAAAACAGCACUAAAGGAUGAGGAAAGAGGGAUUUAAGAGUGGGUCAAAGGAAAGAGGAAGAGUAGAGGAUACUGGAAUAGGAGAUGUAAAAUGGGAUGACAGAGUGAAAUGUCAUAGUGGAAGAGAACUUUUUGCUACUUUCUAAAAAUUCCUAAUUCUUUCAAUGUCAGCAAUCCAUAAGGGAGGACUGGAGGACACAGGGGAGGAGUUGGAUAAGAGAGUAUAGUGGUUAUGAGAAAUGAACCAACUGUGGAACACUGACCUUUUUUGGGGGGGUGGCGGGGGGGGGGGGAUUGGAUUAUUUUGGGCUGCAGUGUUCUUUUAUACAACAAAAUGCAAGAGCCUGGAGCUAUGCUGGAAGCGGCCAGUACCUGGAUCCAAGACCCAGACAAUCAGGGUCUUCCAGAAUACAGAGCCUUGACAGAACUUUACCUACAGCAGGUGCUACUGCCUCUGGGCUGCUUGUCAGAGGCUGAGGAGCUAGUGGUGGGCUCUGCAGCCUUCAGUGAGGAGCAGCAGCUGGAUGUACUCCAGGUCAUCAGCAUAGCAAGGCAACAGCAGAAACAUGAACACUCUGACUCUAAGGAGGACCAGAAGCUAAACCAGGAAAACUCCUCCCAAAAGUUUCUGUCACUACUGAUGUUGCUUCGCAGGCUUUGGGACUCUGUAGUGAAUCACUUUGUUUCCCUGCCCUUCAAAAAGAGCCUCCUGGCCACCUUGAUUCUCUGCCUCUUGGUGGUGAAGUUUGAUCCAGCAUCUCCUUCUUCCCCGCCCUUCCUCUGCAAGCUGGCUCAGCUUUUCCAUUGGAUCUGGGAGGCUAUGUUUUCUUCCCCUACUAGCUCUCCAUCUGUGACUGAGUGGUCUUUCCCAUGCACCUCAGCCUCUCCACUCUCCAGAGCAGAAUAACUCAUCCAUGGCACCAAUUUCCUGUUGCUGGCUGGGCCCCUAUGGAAGUGGGGCCAGCUUAAUUCUAGGAAGAGCUAAUGCAAUCAUGUGUACUGUCUUGGCUGGUGUCAGGUCAUAUGGAAACAAAGUGGGGCCGGAGGGCUGAAGUCCUCCAGAACAGUUUCCUCUUAUACCCAGAGAUGCCUUGUUAGGAGAAGUUUGGGAAUGGAGAGUAUGUCUAUGAAACAUUCCAUCUUCUUGGCAAAGGCAAGGAGUUGAUUUUUCAGUCAUCGUGUGAAUAAAGCCCUUGAACAUCUUACCCUUGAACCAGGCCUUUAGUUAGACAGAGUGCCACCUGAGAGGGCCUCUUCUCUCUUAUGCUCCUUUUCAUGGAUCUGGCCUAGUUGUUUAUCUGUACACAAUUUCCAUGAUUUUGCAAUUGGUUCAAAAGAACCUGGGCCCAAUCUCUAUUCAGACUAGAACAUGACUUUCAGAAUCACACAGGUGAUUACUGAGAACAAAAUGAGUCUGCUUCACUCUUCUCACUGGGUAAAGUGAUCUUGCUUGGUGCUUCUUGGGCUUCAGCUCAGUUUUCCAGGUGGCCAGUAGCCAGCCCCUGUUUUGUUAUACUCAGUAUUGUUACCAUCUCUUUCCCUCUUGUGAAGCCCUUCCCCUGCCAUGCAGUAGUAUUUUUGUGCUUUGUCUAAUGGUUUUUUCACCAAUUCUGCCUGAAUCCUUGCUUUCUGGUAGACACUUGCUGGUUUCUCCCUUUCUAUAUCUUAUUCUAAUUAUAAUUUAUUAUUUGUAUAAUGCAGAUGUUUUUCUGCUUGUUGUGACCUUGAAAAGUAGGCCAGCCUUAGAGGUUAAUGAUCUGAAAAUGGAACUGGGUAAUCAGGGAAGCUGGAAGGAAUGUGCAUAGAGGGCUGGGAAGAGGGGAAACAUGGGUUUUGCAGGCAGUAAACAAUUUUAUUCCUUGUUAGGGGGAGGACAUAAUAGGGCCUAAGAAUUUGAGCACCUGAAAUAUUUCAGCAUUGACCACAAGAAUCUUACAUGUUUCUGUGCAAGUAAACGUAAAAUAUUACUGUGCCAUCAAGAUUAUGCAGGUUUUCCAGCAGGAGCUGGCCAAGCAAACCAUCCUCUGCCAGGAACUCUGUCAGUGCUGAUGCCAAGAAUAAAGGAGGUGCUUUUAGCUU